AUGGCAAUCUCUAGAGUAAUCAUUGUGUUUCCCUUGCUUUGCUUUCUCUCCUCAACCAUCUCAAUUCUAUGUGACCCAUACCCCUUGGUUUGCAAUGAAACUGAGAAACAUGCCCUUUUAAGCUUCAAACAUGCUCUCUUUGAUCCUGAACACAACCUCUCAUCUUGGUCUGCUCAGGAAGACUGUUGUGGAUGGAAUGGAGUCCGCUGCCAUAACAUCACUGGUAGAGUUGUUGACCUCGACCUCUUUGAUUUUGGAUUGGUUGGCAAGGUUAGUCCUGCUUUGUUCCAAUUAGAAUUUUUGAAUUACUUGGACUUGAGCUGGAAUGAUUUUGGAGGUACUCCUAUUCCAAGUUUCUUGGGUUCCAUGCAGAGUUUAACAUACCUCGACCUCUCAUUUGCUUCAUUUGGUGGACUAAUCCCUCUUGAGCUUGGAAAUCUUUCCAACCUUCUUCACCUUGGUCUAGGAGGUGCUGAUUCCUCCUACGAGCCACAACUUUAUGCUGAGAACCUUCGUUGGAUUUCUCAUCUUUCUUCUUUGAAACUCCUAUUUAUGAAUGAGGUUGACCUUCAUAGGGAAGUUCAAUGGGUUGAAUCUAUAUCUAUGUUAUCUUCCAUUUCCGAGUUGUUCUUGGAGGAUUGUGAACUUGAUAACAUGAGUCCAUCUCUUGAGUAUGUCAAUUUUACAUCUCUCACAGUCCUUUCUCUUCAUGGGAAUCAUUUCAAUCAUGAGUUACCCAAUUGGCUAUCUAAUCUCACUGCUAGUCUUUUACAACUCGAUCUAAGUGGCAAUUGUCUAAAGGGUCAUAUACCCAGGACCAUUAUAGAGUUACGUUACUUAAAUGUUUUAUAUUUGUCAAGCAAUCAACUAACAUGGCAAAUACCAGAGUAUUUAGGGCAACUCAAACAUCUAGAAGAUCUUUCACUUGGAUAUAAUUCCUUUGUUGGUCCAAUUCCUUCAUCUCUAGGAAACUUAUCAUCCUUGAUCUCCUUAUCUCUGUACGGAAAUAAGUUAAACGGAACUCUUCCAAGCAGUUUGUGGCUUCUUUCAAAUUUAGAGACUUUAAUGAUAGGAAAUAACUCUUUAGCAGACACAAUAUCAGAAGUGCAUUUUGACAAACUCUCAAAAUUGAAGUACUUAGACAUGUCCUCAACAUCUCUAACUUUCAAAGUCAACUCCAAUUGGGUCCCCCCUUUUCAACUUGAAGCCAUGUGGAUGAGUUCCUGCCAGAUGAGCCCCAAGUUUCCUACAUGGCUACAAACUCAAACAUUUCUUCGGAAUCUGGACAUUUCCAAGUCAGGAAUUGUGGACAUAGCUCCAACAUGGUUCUGGAAGUGGGCUUCACAUCUUCAAUGGAUCGAUCUCUCUGAUAACCAGAUAUCCGGGGAUUUAUCUGGAGUUUGGCUUAACAAUAUUCUUAUCCAUUUGAACUCUAAUUGCUUCACCGGUCUGUUACCUGCAUUGUCUCCAAAUGUUACUGUAUUGAACAUGGCCAACAAUUCGUUUUCGGGACCAAUUUCCCAUUUCUUGUGCCAAAAGUUGAACGGAAGAAGUAAAUUGGAGGCGCUGGACUUGUCAAAUAAUGAUUUAUCUGGAGAGCUUCCUCUAUGUUGGAAGUCUUGGCAGUCUCUGACUCAUGUAAACUUGGGAAACAACAACUUUUCGGGUAAAAUUCCUGACUCCAUAGGCUCUUUAUUUUCACUCAAAGCAUUGCACCUGCAGAAUAAUGGCUUAUCUGGAAGUAUACCCUCGUCCUUGCGAGACUGCACAUCUUUGGGUCUCCUGGAUUUAAGUGGUAAUAAACUUUUGGGAAAUGUACCAAAUUGGAUAGGAGAAUUGGCAGCUUUAAAAGUUCUCUGUUUAAGAUCCAACAAAUUCAUUGCCGAAAUUCCUUCACAAAUCUGCCAACUUUCUUCUCUUAUAGUAUUGGAUGUUUCAGAUAAUGAGUUGUCUGGAAUUAUACCCAAGUGUUUGAAUAAUUUCAGUUUGAUGGCCGCAAUAGAGACUCCAGAUGACCUGUUUACUGAUUUAGAACAUUCCAGUUAUGAAUUGGAGGGUCUUGUGUUGAUGACAGUUGGAAGAGAACUUGAGUACAAAGGGAUUCUUAAAUAUGUUCGAAUGGUAGACCUGUCAAGUAAUAAUUUUUCUGGAUCAAUCCCUACUGAAUUAUCACAACUUUUUGGACUACGGUUCUUAAACGUGUCUAAAAAUCAUUUGAUGGGAAGGAUACCGGAGAAAAUUGGAAGAAUGACAUCUUUACUAUCUCUUGAUCUCUCCACAAACCAUCUUUCAGGUGAAAUUCCUCAAAGCUUGGCCGAUUUAACAUUUCUUAAUCGCUUGAACCUAUCACACAAUCAAUUUCGGGGAAGAAUUCCUUUAAGCACACAGCUUCAGAGCUUUGAUGCAUUUAGCUACAUUGGCAAUGCCCAACUUUGCGGAGCCCCUCUUACAAAAAACUGCACAGAAGAUGAUGAAUCUCAAGGUAUGGACACCAUUGAUGAAAAUGAAGAAGGUUCUGAAAUGCGAUGGUUCUACAUUAGCAUGGGACUUGGGUUCAUUGUAGGCUUUUGGGGAGUCUGUGGUGCUCUUUUAUUCAAGGAAAAUUGGAGGUAUGCUUAUUUCCAGUUUCUUUAUGACAUUAGAGACUGGGUAUAUGUGGCCGUAGCGAUAAGGUUGAAUUGGUUCCACGACAAUUUGAGGAGGCUGUUGGUAAGUGAAACACUUCAUUGA